AUGGGCCAAGGUUCUUCACACGAUGCUCCGCAUCUGACUCCUGAACAACUAUCGCACACCCUUGCCCAACGUUUUGCCUCCAAAUCAUAUACGCCUCUCGAACUUUACUGCUUCAGUACUGUCUUCCGCUCCCUUGCCGACACCUCAUCUGGCGUGCGCUACUGGAGCGAACCCACACUAUGUCGAUUCCUCGAGUUGCCCGACGCGCUGGGUGUGGGUUCCGUCCUCUUCCAAAUGUGUAGUUACCUUGGGGCAUUUCCGCUGCCGAGCCAGGCGCCCGCUAUAUUGACACAAGAGGCGUUGCUCAAGGUGGUGACGAUUCUAACGGAGAGAUAUGGAAGUGUGAUCAAGAGAAGGGGAAGGGAACUGUGGUUAAGGGAGUUGUAUAGGGGAUUGGCGGUUUACGACAGAGGGGUCAGUGCAAGUAUCGAGGAAGAGCAUGAGAGGGAGGCGCAGCCUGUAGCAACUGAAGGAGAGAGCAGUGGUAUGGGCUUUGCGAUUGAUGCGCCCGAGGACGGCGAGGGAGAUGAAGACGAAGACGAUGAGUUGGUGCUUGCAGCGCUGGAUUCCAUGGAUGCAGUUGAGGUAUUCAAGCAAGGAGAGCAGGCGAAUGUGCAUCAUUCGAUUAUACCGACGGACAACUUUUUAAAGUUAGUGGAGCUUUUGCUGCUAAUUGCGCCGAUUGAUGCGCAGCAGAGUCUGUCAAGUCUCGCGCCAGAGCUGUCAGAUGAACGUGUAGAAGAGUUAAGGAGGGUGGCACAUGUUAUUGUCUCGGCCUUUGGUGUUGAGAAUCACCCAGGCGUCACGUAUCGCACCUUCAACACUGUCAUUUCAGCUGCCUUGCCGUACCUUUUCAACGGCCUCAAUCCACUGUUCGAACACUUCCUCUUUGCAAAGGACUUCGACCUAUCUAAACGCAAGAACGAUCCCUCAUCACCCUCUCAAGACACCCAUCCCGUAAUACCGCCUCCCAAAACCGUAAUGGAUCCAGAACCUCUCCUCCCUCAACCUGGGGAAAUCCUCAAUCUUACUCUUCUCAGCCAACUGUCCUUUUUCCUCAAAGGCAACACUCUCUUCCGCCGCUUGCGCCCCUUGUACAGCGGCAACAACCACGGCUUCAGUAUGGGCUCCUUUGAAAAACAAGUUUUCAACUGGCGCGCCCCUACCAUCCUUCUCGUCAAAGGUCGUGUUCUUCCCGCCACUCCUUCCAACACCCGCGAACGCGCUCUCCAGGACAUGCUCCCUCCAAAACGUCUCCCCAACAGCGUGCCUGAAUCACAGGAGAACCAAACACUCAUUUACGGCGCCUACAUCCCCACACAAUGGAAACACACGGGCAAAACCUGCUUCGGUGAUGAGUCAACCGUCUUGUUCCAAUUGUCACCAACACACGACGUCUUCAAAGCAAGCAAGUUCAGCACAGACUACGUCUACUUUAAUAAAUCCCCAACCCAACCUCCAGGUAUCGGGCUCGGGACACCCAUACCUACACAGUCCUCUGCACACACGCACUCGUCCCACUCACAGACCCUGUUCCGCCCCGGUCCUGUAUCACUGCAUCUAGACGACGCGCUGGAGUUUGGUAUAUUCACGCACGUUUCGGAUGGAGGGGGCAGUUUCCACCCCAGUGCUCUGCCCGUGAGGAAGAGGCGGGAUUGGCAGGAUAGAUUUGAGAUUGAGAGUUUGGAGGUGUGGGGGUGUGGAGGGGACGAGGUGGCUGAGGCGCAGAGGAAGGAGUGGGCGUGGCAGGAGAGGGAGGCCGAGGCGCGGAGGAGGAUUAAUCUGGGGACGGGUGAUCAGGAGUUGGAUCGGGAGUUGUUGAAGAUGGCGGGGAUUAUCUCGGGGGAUAGGAGUGGAGGGAGUAUGGGGUGA